ACUCCCCUCCCAUCUCGACAUCUCAAUCACCCCUCCACAACACCAUUGGUGGAAAAGCUGCAAUUAUCCCGUGGGUAUAAAAACAGCGGGGAAGGUGAGGCGAGAUGUGGGGAUCGUGAUUGGAGAGACGUGAACUCACCCACUUCUUCCGUCUCAUCAACGACGACGACGAAGAUUCUAUAAAUUUCUCUUGAGGUGAAAAAGAAAUUUCUUCCACUUACAAUCCAAAAAUCAAAGAAAGCUCUGCGAGGUUUUGUGACAAGAGGAGAAGCAACAUCAGGCCAUAUCGGCAAACCAAAACAUCCUAGUUCCGAUCCCGGAGAAUUCGAGAAACGACCAUCCAUUGAUCCAUCAUGUCUCUCCGCAAAACCGUAACUUUAAACUCCAGCCAGAAGCUUCUGACUCUAGGCUACGGUACAUGGCAAUCUGCUCCUGGAGAGGUCUCCGUUGGUGUAUUUGAGGCUUUGAAAGCUGGAUAUCGACACCUUGAUCUUGCGAAGAUCUAUGAGAACCAGAAGGAGGUCGCUCAAGGAUUGAAGAAGGCGUUUGCUGAGAUCCCAGGCCUGAAGAGAGAAGAUAUCUUCAUUACCUCGAAGCUAUGGAACACCCAGCAUCGUCCCGAAGAGGUCGAAGCAGCUCUAGAUGACUGCCUCGCAGAGCUCGACCUCGAGUAUCUCGAUCUCUACCUCGUCCACUGGCCCUGUGCCUUCCCACCCGCAGGAGGAAACCUCUUCCCCCUCGUUGAAGGCAAGAACCUCCCCGACGGCGACGUCGAAAUCGACGACAGCGUCUCCAUCGUCAAGACCUGGGAAGCCAUGCUCAAGCUCCCCAAGACCAAAGCCCGCGCAGUCGGAGUUUCUAACCACACCAUCGAGCACCUCGAAACAAUCAUCAAAGCCACCGGCGUGACACCCACCGUCAAUCAAAUUGAGCGUCACCCCAUGCUCCCACAACCUGAAUUGAUCAAGUACUGCAAAGAGAAGGGAAUCCACAUCACCGCUUACUCGGCAUUCGGCAACAACGCCUACGGCUACCCCCUCCUGAUCACACGCCCCGAAAUCGUCGCAAUCGCGGAAAAUAUCUCCAAGGAGACGGGCAAGAAGAUCACCGGCGCACACGUUAUACUGGCCUGGUCACAAGUCGGAGGCCACUCCGUGAUCCCGAAAUCCGUCACCCCGUCCCGCAUCGCGGACAACUUCCAGGAGAUCGAGCUUUCGAAGGAGGAUGUGGCUGCGAUUGAUGCUAUGAGCGCGAAGGGACAUGAGAGGUUCAAUGUUCCUUAUCUUUGCAACAAGCCGAGAUGGGACGUUGAGAUCUUUGGAGAGGAGGGCGAGAAGAGUGCUACGCACAAGAUUGUGUUGGCAUAA